AUGACGAGAAAAAACGUCCAUGGCGGGGCGCCCCUGGGCGCCCCGCAGGGCAGGGGAAUCGCCGACGAAUACUACCGGCGGGACCGCCCGCCGGAGGAUGCCAAGGUACACAUGUAUGUUGGCAUCGACCCCGGGCGGACCAAGAUGUACACCGCGGUGGACGAACACGCCAACGUGACAUCUUGCUCCUCCAAGGAGUUUCACGCCAUGUCGGGCUCCAAGCGGCGGGAGGGGCUCAUUGCGAAGUGGCACGCAAAGGCCCCGGACUAUGUCAAGGAGCUGCACCAGUGCCCGACCUACAAGACAGCGAGCACAGCGGUGCUCCUGUCGCGGGUCGUGAAGAUCGUGCCAGACCUGCGAGAGGGCCUGGCCUGGCACCGGGACGGGAAGCCGUUUCGCAAGCUCCGCCACCAGGCCUACGUCGGCAGGCAGCGGGCCAUCACCCGGCUGGCGGAGCAGUUCCGCGCGCCCCCCGGCAUGACUACGGUCGUGGGCUACGUGCGGGUCCGCCGAGGCGAGGAGAAGCUGGUGGACGUGUGGGACACCAAGCGGUGCGGCAACAAGGCCUGCAAGGUCAACGUCGUCAACCGCGACGUCAACGUAGCAGCCAACAUCCUGAUGCUGACCAAGUGCUUUUUUGCUGGCGAGGAGAAGCUGGUGGACGUGUGCGACACCAAGCGGUGCGCCAACAAGGCCUGCAAGGUCAACGUCGUCAACCGCGACGUCAACGGAGCAGCCAACAUCCUGAUGCUGACCAAGUGCUUUUUUGAGAAUGCACUUCGUCCCACUGCAUUUGGACGCCCCGGCCUGCGAGUGCUGGACCUGGGAACUCUGCCUCGGGUGGAGUCCCCACCCACCGAGCUCCGGGCGCGCAAGGACAAGCUCGCCUACUUCGAGCGCCAGUGCUCCCCCGUGGGCCACGGCCUGUUCGUGGGAGCGGAGUGCGUCGCCCGGAAUCGCGAAUCGCUGCGAGAGGCGGGCAUCACACACGUGAUCAAUUGCGUGGGCUUCCUGUACCCCGCCUACUUCUCUCCGGAGCUGGAGUACCGGACGCUCUACCUCCAGGACACCCCCGCGGAGGACAUCACCUGCAUCCUGUACGACGUCUUCGACUUCAUCCAGGCCGCGGUGGGGCAUGGCGCCGACCCCGCCGGCCGCGUGCUGCUCCACUGCUCACAGGGCGUGUCACGCUCAGUGAGCCUCACCAUCGCAUACCUCAUGUGGAGGGAGGGCCGGCCGUACGAAGAGGUGUUUGCCUCCGUGAAGGCUGCACGCGGCAUCGCCAACCCAAACAUCGGCUUCGUUUGCCAGCUGCUGCAAUGGCAGAAAAGGCGCACCACUGGCCCCGGGGCCGAGCGCCUGUACCGACUGGCUCCCCAGUCGCCCGCAGCCCCGCAGUACCUGGUACCACGGUCUGCAAAGAUCCUUGGGUCCGCCGGCCUCGACCCACGGGGCUCCUUUGUACUGCACACCAGCACGGCGCUGUUCCUCUGGCUGGGCAAGGCAUGUCCAGAGGGGUUUGCUGCGGCGGCCACCACCUUUGCAGCGCAACUGGAGCGGUAUGAGGCUGCACCAGCGCCCGCUUUGCUGCAAAGGGAUGGGAAGGAGAGCGAGGAGUUCUGGACGGCGCUCAAAGCAAUGCUCUCCAGCUCCACUGGCGAGGAUGGGCCAGAGGCGUCCGGCAGCUGGAGGGCAGCUGCCGUGUGUGAGAUUCCCGCGUACGACAAGGACUAUGAGGUGGGUGGCUGUGGAGCUUUUUGCUCGGUCACAGACCGCUCGGAGUAG